AUGACAGCUGGAACUGGGUUAAUCCAUAACCCAGGUAUUUGCUCGGGCCUCUCCUCAGAAAAACAAACAAGCGAUGCUGACACUCUGGCAGGAUGGAGCCUACGGGUGGUGGGGAGCCGGUGGCCAUGUGUGGAGCUGCGGAGGCCGGCUGGAGGAGGGGAGCCGAGAUCCUGCCAGGCAGAAGCCGGAGGCCCAGUGAGGCCCCAUGAGAGCAGCGGCUCGCACGCGGGGACGUUUCUUGUUUUUGUUUGGGUCUGCAGUGCUGGGGAAGGAAGCCAGGGCGUCGCUUCUGCCAAGCCAGUGGUCAGCCACAGAGCCACCCCAGCCUGCCGGGAGCGUGGGGAACUCGCCGCCCCCCACGCCCACCCGCACCUCCGCGCUUCUCCCCGCCGGCGCCCAGCCCUGGGUCAGGGAGCACCCGCGUCCACAACGGCUGGGGUCCAGAGCGCCGGUGUCCAUCCCGCCAGGGCCGCUACAGUGCCCCCAGGGCCAGUGCGAGAAGCAGCCAGCCUGAUUCGGCGCCCGCCGCUCGGCCCGCCGCAGCCCCCGCAGCAAGUCCUUGCCGCCGCACAGCCUCGAGCCCCGAGUUCCCGAGGGCUGGGGGCGGCAGAGUUCGGCGGAGCUGCAGGAGAUGCUGAGGCGCCGGAGAGACUUUUGCGCAAGGGAAAAUUCAUUUGCAAAUUGUUCGAGAAAGCUAAAGAGAUCUCAGACACCGUUGCCAAACUGAAAGCUGCCAUUACAGAACGUGAAGAGGACAGAAGAAAAAGUGAACUGUUUUACCUUGUUAGUGUAGACUUUGAGCUAAGGCAAAAGGCAAUUGCAGGAGUUGAUGUGAACAUAGAUAAGACCCCGAGUUCUGACCAGAUGCUUGAUACUUCGUCACUAGUUCCUGGCUGUUCGCUUGUAGAUAAAAUCAAAUCAUCCAAAACAAUUUCUGAAAAACAGGGACUUGUGCCUCCUACUCACAAAGAUAAUGAAGAGACUCCGGAGGCUGAGUCCACAGUGAAUCAGCACCCAGCUCCCAACGGCCGGGCCGGGACACUUUCCCCAACGGAGGAGGCGGAGCAUCUCCCACAGCGCUGUUUCCGGUCACACAGACGAUAUUUCCAGCGGCUUGGACAACCUGUUUAUUGACAGGUUGCAAAGGAUCACGAUUGGAGACCAAGGUGAACGCCACUCAGGAGCAAGCACGGGUGCAGAGAUCUUGACGAGCCUCUGUACUGGGCCUCCUAAGAGACCUCAUUACAUGGAAGUGCUAGAAAUGCGAGUCAAAAACCCAGUGCCCCCGCCACAAAAGUUUAAAACCUAUGUGGUACCGUAACAGGACAGUGGCACACUUGGUCACUGCCAGAGGGGAGUCUCCUAUCUCCUCCGAGGAGCGGCGACGCAGAGACAGGCAGCAUCUUGAUGACAUCAUGGCAGCGCGGCUCUUGCUGCUGCACCAUCUGCCCUCACAGCUGCUGACCAUAGAAGAAACUUUGGCACUUCAGCGACAGCAGAAACAGAAUUUUGAGGAGAUCCAAGCGAAGCUCGUAGCACAAAAAUUAGCAGAAAAACUGAAUAUUAAAAUGCAGAGUUACAAUCCAGAAGGGGAGUCCUUGAGGAAGAACCGAGAAGUAAGGGAUGAAGAUGAUGUUCUGUCCUCGGAUGAGGAAUGAGGAAUUCUGAAGAUGGGCGUUGGGGUAAUCUCCUAAGUCUCUGAUGGUUGAGAUGUCAUUACCUAAUAUCACCAGACUUUCUAACAAGUAUCAAGAUCAGUGUCAGACGUAGUUGAGGGAAACAUUUUAUAGUUACACAAAGGUAGCUACAAGAAGAAGCCCAGUUUGUCUUUCAGAUGAUGAUCUUCAUGUGCUUGGAAAGUUUAAUAUUUGAAUAUUGUGCUUAACCAUAUUGUAUUAAAGUUUUGCAGUUUGUUGUGCAUUGAUCUGGUAUUUUGAUAUGUGGUAGAGCACAUUUUUCUUUUCUGUAAGCCAAAUGAAAUCAGAUGACUUUUUCCUUAAUCUUACUUCUAUCAAAUAGCAUUUAUCAUAUCUUUCAAUAAAGUACACAGUUGUCCUAGACAGCUAAAGUGAACGAGGAAGUCAGUUCCCUCCUUUCCUAA